GGUUCAGCCAAAAGUAGACGAGCUCUGAGCUGACGCACCCGCACGAGUGGACUGCGACGGUGUGCUGCGCCGUUAUAUCACCAGCAGCGACUCAUCAAAACCCACAAAUGGGAGAUGCAGCCCUCCUGCACGACAGCACCCUCGCCUGCCUCGGAGACGCGGAGCUGCGAAGCGUUGCGCUGGUUAGUAAAGAGGGGAGGAAACACUCGAUUGCAUUCAUGUCUGUCGCAACGUACAAAUGCGUGGGCGUAACGGGGGAAGCAACGCUGGCACCACUACAGCUCGUCGACCGCGAAGACGACGCGCGGCGCGGGGCCUGCCGGUGCGCGCCGUCGCUGUCCGUUGAACAGCUGCGUAGCCGCAUCGCUCGCGCUGUCGGCCGCGACGCGUCCGGAAUCAAUCUAAGAAUACUGGCUCCACGCGAACGAACGCUCGAGAAGCUGCGCGACGGCACGCGGCUCGGCGACUACCUCCCAACGGCGGUGCUUCCGUCCCGGCUAAUGCUGUCCGUCAUCGUGACGGAAAGGAUCGUGGUGGCGGAUUUUGACUACGACAGUGAUGAGACAGACAUUUCGCGCUUCGAUCCCGAUGUUUAUGCGGACGCGCAGGCGCCCUGGAGGAACCACUAGCCUUUUUGUUGUAAAGAACUUGCUUGUG